GACAAGCCUUUGGGCAAGCGUUUUUAAGUCGCGCGUAACCGGUUGAAAUCGUGUAGUAUCUUCUGAGCAGACGAUCAAGUAAGGUCAGCGGGAUGAAGCAAAACGUUUCAAACGGACGCAACUAUCUGUCGUCGGUGUGGUUCAUGCUGGUUUUGCUAGCAGCGGGCACGCACGGUACAGCCUUUGCACGUUCGGAUAAGCCUGGAUUUCAAGUGGAUAGUGAAGAUGGACGUUUAGCUGUACCGGAGUUAGUGUCAAAGUACGGGUACGACGUAGAGGAACAUUCACUUAACACGGAGGAUGGCUAUCGGUUAACGCUGCAUCGCGUACAAAGUCCUGGCCGUAAGAAUGGAACUGUUGUGCUGUUGAUGCACGGUCUACUAUGCAGUUCGGCCGACUGGUUAAUGAUCGGGCCUGGUAAUGCACUUGCCUACCUGCUGGCAGACCAAGGAUACGAUGUCUGGCUGGGAAAUGCACGAGGAAACCGUUACUCGCGCAACCACGACACGAUCAACCCGGACGAAAAUUCAUUUUGGAAAUUUUCCUGGCACGAAAUUGGACGGUACGAUAUCCCGGCUACGAUCGACUACAUACUUGACAAUACCGGACAUCGGCGUUUGCAGUACAUAGGUCACUCCCAGGGCACAACAGGAUUCUUCGUGAUGGCUAGCACCCGGCCCGAAUACAACGAUAAAAUCAUCCAGAUGAAUGCGCUCGCACCGGUCGCUUUCAUGGGUCAUAUGAAAAGUCCACUGUUGCGGUUUAUGACUAAGUUCCUGAAAACACUCGACAUUUUGCUGGCAAUUUUCGGUGUCGGCGAGUUUAUGCCCAACCAACCGAUUUUGCACGAGAUCGCAAAGCACAUCUGUCCGCCCGAUUCCACGGUAAACAACGUAUGUGCCCAUCUACUCUUCCUGUUGUCAGGAUACAAUCCCUCCCAGCUGGAUCCAUCGAUUCUGCCCAUUCUGUUCGGCCAUACUCCGGCCGGAUCGGCCACGAAGCAAUUGGUACACUACGCACAGGAGGUGCUGUCGAAUCGGUUCGAAAUGUACGACUAUGGCACAUUGAAAAAUGUGCUCAUCUACGGAUCGACGACACCGCCCGAGUAUGAUCUUUCCUUGGUAACGGCUCCGGUGAUAAUGUACUACGGAUUAAACGAUUUUCUCGCUACUCCGGAAGAUGUGAACAGGCUUGCCGAGAAGCUUCCCAAUCUGAAGAAAAGUGUACUGGUUAAAGAUGAUCUGUUCAACCAUCUGGACUUUCUAAUAGCGAAUGAUGUACGCCAUUUGCUGUAUGAACCGGUGAUUGAAGGAAUGGCAUCCGCAGAAGUGUAGGAUUAUUGAAUGGUUCAAGCGGAAGAUUGAAGUGCAGUGAACAUAACUGAACUUCACAUAUGCGUUCAAGUAUGUGAUAAUAGAUUUUAUUAUAAUUGUUGCUGAUAGUCAAGAAACAAAGCCCAACGCAAAACAUUGCAAUAAACCUAAAGCCACGAACGUGUGCCAUUGUGAUGGAUUACGGGGAGAAACAUGACUGAUAGAUAAGGAUAAUCAUCUAAUAAAAGUAUCAAUGAACAUGCUAA